UGAGCUGUCUAUCAAUCCAAAAGAACGAAGAAGAAAAAGCGAACCCUCCUCUGCUAACUUGCUAAAAAAAAAAAGUAAACAAGCAAUAGUACAAAAGUUCACCCGGAGCCUUUAAACCUGAUGGAAGAUAAAGAAAACACUCGCCCCAGGGAGAAAGCGGUGGAAGUAAUGUGCGAGGAUGCGGAAAAGGGUGAAAAGUUGAAAGAAAAGAAGGAGGCCAUGACGAAGAUCGUAAUUCGACGAUUGCCUCCAAGUCUUACAAAAGAAGAACUGGAGGAGCAGCUGCAACCGCUCCCGGAACUGGACUACCUGGAGUUCUUCUCCAACGAUACCAGCCUGUACCCUCACCUCUUUGCAAGGGCGUACAUCAACUUCAAGAACCAGGAGGACAUUGUUCUGUUCAGAGAUCGCUUUGAUGGCUAUGUGUUCAUUGACAAUAGAGGACAGGAGUACCCUGCUGUUGUGGAGUUUGCGCCUUUUCAAAAGACGUCCAAAAAGAAAAGUAAGAAAAAGGACGCCAAGUGUGGAACAAUAACUAAAGAUCCGGAUUACAAGAAGUUCCUGGAUUUUUACAACGGAGAUGACGAGAAAUUAACAUCCACGCCGGAGACGCUGCUGGAAGAGAUUGAAGCCAGAACAAAAGAACUUGUAGCUAAAAAGACGACUCCGCUGUUGGACUUCCUGAAGAAUAAACAGAAUAUCAGAGAGGAGGAGAAGAGGAGGCGGGAGCUGGAACGCAAGCGCCUUCGUGACGAGGCGCGCCGCAAGUGGAAGGAGGAGCGCAAACGCAAAGGCAUCGACAAGAUGAAGAAACUGGACAAGCUGCCAGAGAGCGACAAGGAGCAAGUCAAAGAGGAGCCCAAAAUUAAACUGCUGAAGAAGCCCGACAGAGGAGAGGAGGCUGACUGUGACAAAAGUAAGGAGAAGUUUAAAAAGGCAGAGCGGAGCAACAAAGAGGACAGAACGACAAGUGGUGGCAAUCAGAAGAGACGUCACAAUGACAACAGGGAGGAGCGAGGAAAGAAAGUGGACGAGGACGGCAGCAAGGAGUUCCGGGAGCGCGACGGCGAGCGCGAGCCGGACAAAGAGCGGCGCCAGAAGGAGAAGGAGCGCGUGAGGCGGCAGGACGAGGAGCGACGGCGCAGGAGGGAGAGGCAGGACGGAGAGAACGCUCGCAGGAGGCGGGCGGAGGAGGACGGGGUCAAGAAGGAGCGGGAGCGACUGCCUGACAAGAAACGAGGCGACAAUGCGGUCGAGUCUGAAAAGAUGGAGAGACCUCCAAGAGAAAACAGGAAGGACGACAGCGGGAAACGAGAGAGGCUUCGAAAUAAAGAUCGUCCUGCUAUCCAGCUGUACCAGCCUGGAGCCAGAAACCGUGGUCGCCCAGCAGGAGAAGGGGGCGAGUCCGGCUCUGUGGACAGGAAGCCAGACGCCGAGGCGAAGAAAACAUCUGAUAAAGGCGAAGACUGAGCAAAAAAAAUUAAAUUCUCCUUGGAGCGUCUUCGAGUUUGCUACGGAGAACCACGCCUCAGGGCUGCGUGAACUGCAGCAAGUUGGCUUCUAGCGAGCUGUCCAUGUUUGAGGCACGGAUGUUAUGUAGUGGAGCCUGGCAGUGCCUCACAUGACCCUCUUUAGUUUUUUUUCAGCAACAACCUUUUAUAAAUAUGGCACUUAGUUGAAGCUAAACCUUUGUUAGGCUUCAAAAAAUCCAAAGUGACCUUAUUAUCCAUUGAAAUUAGUUGAUGGAUUGUAAUCAACUUACAUUGACAAGGUUACGGGAUCUUUUCAGUUUUGUGUUUCCUCAUCAUUAAUAUCCAUGUUUUUACCACUUCAUGGCGUUCUCCUAACUCAUGCUGUCACUGUUGCAACAAACUCAACAUGUCACUUCUGCUCAUGCCAACAAGAAAAUAAAUCAUCUUUAACAUCUUA